AUGUUGCCCACACCGAUGUCCCCGUCACAGCACGGCUACGCAGCAGAAAGCCUGGAAGAAUCCGAGGACCCCGAGUCUCAAUCUGGCCAAGCGGCUAUUCCAGAGCCAGAGGAAGGCUUCAGGGAGAGCCAUCUGCCGAAAUCAUCCACCAAGGACUCACGGUUUAUGCACCCAGAUGACAGCUUGCACAAGCACUGGUAUGAGACAACAGUGCGAUUGCGGGGCAUGUUCUACAUUUUUUUCUCACUGGCCGUGGUCUGUGCGCUUGCAUUGGGCUUGACAGCAGAGACAUUCUUCUUCAUCAUGGCAGCGCCGAAGAAUGAGGGUCUAAGCUUUGGAAUAGUUGUUGGAAUCUUGCUGACGCCCAUCUCCUUGCUUCUCACAGCCAUUUACGUGGACGAAUGUGUGGAUAUGGGCCUGGACGCUGCCGACAAGCCUUCCUUUGGACUUUUUCGAGCAGCAGUCACUGCGUCUACCCGCCGUUUUGGAAAGGUGCACACAGAUCAUGUGGAACGUGUGCUAGUGCUCAUGCUGGAAAUUAUGCCAGUGAUCUUUGCGAUCAUCUCCUUGGUGCAGAGCCCAAACAAGGUCUACUGGUACAAGGAAGUUGGUCGCGGAUACUGUCUCGGAGGUCUGAUUUUUGCACUCUGUGUGUGUGGAAUUUACAUUAUUUGUCACAUCCACGUCGGGCAUAUUCCGGCGAGAGACGAGCUUAUGGCCGAACUGUAUCACAACAUGGCCCCGAUCGGCCGUUUCAAGCGAGCUCACGGAAGUGAAGCUCACCAAGCACUCUUUGACAGAGAACAUCACUGGGGACGGGCUUGCUGUUUUGCCUGUUUGGGUGUGUGCAUCCUGGCGUUGGCUAUAGUCCUCUUCCUCUUUUUCCCGAAGCUCUAUGCCAUAUGCUUGGCUGAGCUCCUUGCAACGAUCCUGUGGGCCCUUGCUCUACGUAACUAUGCCCCUCGCUUGUUGGGGAAGGCCUUUUGGUUCACAUUGGUCUUCUUCAUAGUACUUGCGACGAGUCUGCUGAUGGGAACGCUUCAGUCUGCCGAGCCAAAUCCCAGUGACUUGGAUCCCCUUGUGUUGGGACCUUCCGCUGCUGGCUUCAACAGCAGCUCCACGGCUGGAGGGCUGCCAUUGCAGUUUCAGUCCUCAAGAUUGUCUCCCAACGUUGCAUUCCCAAUCUGUCGAACAAGCUGGGGUGAAGCUGUAGAAGGAGAGACUAGCCUCAACAUCCUGGAUCUUUCCAUCCUGGCCUUUGCAAGCUCCUUUGGAGAUGCGGAUGAUGUGCGCCAUGGCCUUGGCGAAAUGCUGAACGGAACAUUCCCAGAUUGGGAGCUUCUUGAGGUGGAGGCUUGGAAUACCACAGGGAGGUGGAUUGUUGUCUCCAUUCCGAGCUUGCAUGCUCGCAUCAUCUCAGUGCGGGGCACCACCAAUCUACGAGACGCCUAUGCCAAUCUGCAGAUCUAUUCCUCCAUUGUUGUGCUGCAGCUCAUGGGGAUAUUGACCCCCGUUCUGACCCUCAUGCCCGAAGGAGUCAUUCAACGAGUGGCCGGAGGCGGCAUCACCAAAAGCUUCCGCAACGGUUUGAGAGUCGAAGCAAGGCUGGCAGACGCAGCACGGAAACAUAAGGAAGAGGCCAGGAAGGCUGGUCAGGUGUUGCUGAUGACCGGUCACAGUCUCGGAGGUGCCCUAGUUGGGGCGGUGUCCGCCGAAGUGGGCGUACAGGGAAUCGGCUUCUCGCCCCCUGGCCUCUUCUUCCAGAAGUAUCAGUGGGACCUGGACGUCUCGCAGCUUACCAAGGCUUUCACGGUGAUCCAGCCGACAAAUGACAUUGUGCCGCAGGUUGACAGGCAACGUGGCCUCAUUGAGUGGAUUCCCUGCGGCGAGAGUGCAUUGACAUGCCACCGGUUGACGCACACCACCUGCGCCCUGUGGGCACAGUGUGGAGAUUCCCGCACAAGGGACUGGCGGCCGACUUGCUCCCAGUG